AUGACCUCGCAGUCAUAUCAACGGGUGAAUACCCGUGAUGACGAUGACGGUCAAGUCGAAGCCUUCCCCAACCUGACUGCACCGGUACCCGCCUCGCCUCCACCUUCUUUCCAUUCUAGAUCUUCGUCACCGUCGUCGCGUCGCUUGCUUCACGAAGAUCCAAUACGAGAUGGUCCCGAUAAUGCCUUGGAAGACGCCUUUGACGAUGGAAACGACUCGGACGACGCGGAUGAAGCCGACGAUAGACAGCGCUUGAUGAGAGGAGACCCUACAACACCCACGACGCCCAUUAUCACAGAGUCCAACUCGGCGAGCGUCCAGCCGUCAUCAACUCAGAGACGAGGCACUAUACUACCGACUUUCACGUCAACGGCAAGUUCGCGAGUGGUAGGCACGGGUUCAUCAAAUGAUGGCGUUUUUGCCAACCUGAAUGCUAAGCCGGAAAGGGCUGAGAAACAAGAAGAAGAUCUACCUCCAUCAUAUGAACAAGCCGCUGCCGAUGCGACGCCUCCCUACUGGGAAACCACUAUAAUGGCCCCAGGCAUGUCCUCCGACGAAGUAUACGUGGAUGGCCUGCCAGUCGGGUCGGUAUUUUCGUUUGCAUGGAACGGCAUGAUCUCGAUGUCAUUCCAGCUCGUCGGUUUCCUCCUCACCUAUCUCCUUCACACCACCCACGCCGCCAAAAACGGCAGCAAGGCCGGUCUCGGUCUGACCCUCGUUCAAUAUGGCUUUUAUAUGAAAGGAAGCGGCGUGUCGCGGCCCGAUAGUGAUUCAGAUUCAUACACAGCUCCACCAGAUCCUAAUAGUCACAACUUCGACCCCAACUCAAUUGGCGACGGUAGCGCAGGUGGUGGCCAAAACCAAGGAGGCAACGCCAUCUCCGCCAUCACGACAAGUGAAUGGAUAUCCUAUAUUCUGAUGAUUGUCGGUUGGUUUAUUUUGAUUCGAUCCGUUAGCGACUUCCUUCGCGCUCGCAAGCACGAACAACUCAUUCUGCAAAGUCCUGAAAGAGGCCUUAGCGUGCCUGUCAUCGCUGAAGGCGAGGCUUCUGAGAAUGUUGUCUGA